AUUUGAUUUGUCCAUAUCAUUAGCAAAGAAGUUUCUCAAGAUGACCGUCAAGCGUCGUAACAACGGCCGUUCCAAGAACAACCGUGGCCACGUCAAGCCCAUCCGCUGCUCCAACUGCGCUCGCUGCGUCCCCAAGGACAAGGCCAUCAAGCGCUUCAUGGUCCGCAACAUGGUUGAGCAGGCCGCUAUCCGUGAUAUUGAGGAGGCUUCCGUCUACGAGUCCUACGCCAUCCCCAAGCUUUACAUCAAGAUGCAGUACUGCAUUUCUUGCGCCAUCCACUCCCACGUCGUCCGUGUCCGCUCUCACGCCGACCGCAAGAUCCGCACCCCCCCUGCUCGCCCCCGCUUCAAGGACGGCAAGAAGGUCGCCCCCCGCAAGGUCGCCGUCUAAAUUUGUUUGACGCGCCGUCUUUGCCAUUCAGCCAUCCAUCCUCGUCUCUCUUCUUGCGAUGAUGCUGCUACAAUGAGUGUGUAUUGUAGCUUCCGGACCCGGCACUCUCUCCCCCUCCGUCUCCUUCCCCCUCCCCGGAGGACGUUUUGCCACCCGGUAUUUUCGCGGCUGCGCAUGGGCCACGCUCUCCCUCUCUCUCUCCCUCCUCCCCCUCACCCCGUUGUGUGCGGGCGGGUGCGUGCGUGUGGAUCGUGGGCCUGCCGCGGGAGCACACAUGACUCUUGUAACCUUUAUAAACGCAUGACUAGCUUCAUACUCCCUUCUCCUGCAUGUGUGUGUGUUCUCGUUCCGUCCUUUCCUCCUCCUCUCGCCUUCUCUCGCGCCAUUGCGGGCGGCAGUGCGCGCCCCGACAUGCGUCCCGGUGUGAAGAGGAGGGCUCCCCUUUUCUUUCCCAGCGGGCGAGGAGAGAGAGCGAGGCAAGACCCGGGAGCAGGAGGGGCGAGGAUUCGCCUUUGGGCGUGCUGCUUGGUCAUGCUGUUGCGCUG